AUGCCACUGGUGCGGAUGUUGGCAUCCGGCGAGAAGGUCUGCGCCUGUUGCAAGACGGACGCAGAAUUGCUCCAGGGUCUAUCUGCUGCAGAACUCCCUGUAAGAGAGCUGAAGCGUCAUCUGCAAAGCCACUGCGGCAAGCCGAGAUUCCAGCAGCGGGUCCUCCGCCCAGACGGCGAGCUCCUGGACGACAGUGCUGCUUUCGCCGAGUUCUCCGAGCUGCAACUGGUUCUCGUCAGCAUCGGCGACGCCACCACGGAACGAGCAGGUGAGCUUGUCACUGCAGCAGGAGACGGGGCGAUUGCCCGUCUUGAGGCCAUUCUGCAGAGACCCCAGGAUCCCGACACCUGGUUUGCUGGCGACACGGCUCUUGUCGUUGCGACAGAAGGAGGAGACAUCGAGUGCUUGUUGGCACGGCCUGAAGUCAGGGCGGCAAAGUGCGGAAAGAGUUUUGUGGCUGACCGGUCGCUUGUGCCUGCCUCACCUGGAAUAACGUGGGCACAAGUGACCGGGAUCACGUGGGCACAAGUGACAAGUGACGGUGCUUUUCUCGUGUGGCCGCUGAGGAAUGGUCAGAAGUCCGAGUCCUGGCGCGAAGCGCAGGUGCUCUCGGUCCGCUCAGAGCUCUCAAAUGGCCGGGGCAAAGGAAUCCUGCUUGAGUUCGGCUUCGACGAAGCGAAGGGCACGAACGAGUGGACGGCAAGACAGGCGCAGAGCACACUGACGAACGAGGUACCGAUCUUGUGGCCCUUGGGCGAGCCGAUCGACCCACUUCGCAACUCCGACUUCUACGACCUCGAGACGCUCUUGCGCCUGAAGCUCUACGAGGAUGCCAUCCGUGCGAAGGCCGAGCCUGGUGCCGGCGAUGAUGGCGAGGACCCAGACGGGCCUGGAGAGGAUGAUGGCGAGGAUCCCCCGCGACCCGCCGCAGAUGCGACCCAGAGCGGCGCAACCCGCGACGAUGCGUACUUCGACUUCGAGACGCUUUCCAGCCGAGGCGGAAGAGGAAAAGGGCGUGGAGACAAGAGCCCGCGUAUCUUCUCCAUGGAAAGCGCUGAAUUGGCCCCGGCAAGCACGAAGGCGAGGACGGAAAUGGUACAUCGCGUACUCGAAGGCCUCCGAGACGACGCCUUUGAUCUGGCGCGAGAUAUGGGCGUUGAGGCCCUGGCAGCACCUGGAGGACUGCGCCGUUACAUUGCGAAGCUGCGCGAGCUGGUAUUUCCGCGCGCUGCGGAAGAAGCCAGAGAGCUCUUCCGCGUGGGACAGAGGCCUGGUACCCUGUCACGCCAGUCCGGCGAAUCGAUGCUGUCGUACGUUUCACGACGACGCCGGUGGUGGAAGUUGCUCAAGACGCUGGACAGUUCCAUCGAGCUUUCGGAGCCGAUGCGAGUAGAGCUACUCCUUGAGCUCUCGGGACUAUCUAGACAGGAGUCCCUGGUCAUUGAGGCAUGCACCAAAGACCCAAAGGGCUUUGAGUCCGUUGCCGAGACCCUGGUCGAGCACUACACCGGCGUGCACCUGAAGGAAGGCCGAGCCCUGGGAGGCUCGAUUCCCUCGAAGAGCCUUGCCGCCUUCGACGACGAGAUAGCCGAAGAGGAGUACCCAGAGGAGGACUCCCAUGAACCCCUCGACUACAUCCCCGAGGCCUACGUCGCUGAAGAGCAAUGGGGAGACGAAGACGUCGAGGAAGAAUUUGAGGAGUAUGAGGUGGACGACGCUGAGGCGGUCGCGUUGAACACCCUGGAGCUCUUCGAGGACCAGACCCCAGAGGCUGGCCACGCGAUCCAGCUUUCUCUUGCUGCCCACACAGCUGUCGGCAAAGCCAAGGGCAAGGGAAGGAAAGGCGUAGGUCCCCAAGCUCUAGCCCAGUACCCAGCCGCCGCUCAAGGAGGCAGCGUUCUCGCGCGGGUCGCUCUCGCUCAAGGUAAUGAUGGCUGCUCCGAGCCUCCCGCAGACCGAACAAGCUUUGGUGGCAUCGAUUCUUCGCCGUUGCUGCUCGCGUGUGCGAGCUUUGAGAUCAUACCCUCGCCCAAGCGCCGGAAAGCUGAAGCAGCGACGUGUCAGGAGAGUUCUGUGGGUGAGUUGACUCCGUUGCUCUACAGCACUUGCAGUCAAUGUGUGCGCAGGGCGGAGAUCCGUAUUGCUGCCUGGGAGGAGGCGCAGCAGAAGUACAGGGAGUCUUGUCGACAGCUCUUUGGUGACGAUGCGAUGGAGAUCAGCAGUGGCGAGGAAGAAAGGGAUGAUGGUGUCGAGGCCGACGUCAGGGAUGCACGUCCGUUUGUGGACACGGCUUUGCUUGAGCCAGCUCGCGUGAAGGGCAAGACUGGCAAGAAGGGGGCCGAGGCCCACCCAAAGCCCAUGGCCAAGAAGCAGGCCAUGCCCAAGAAGAAGCCGGCCAAGGCCAAAAACAAGCAGGCCAAGCAGCCAGAAGGCAAAGAACCCCCUGUGAUCUUUGCACGGCGCCCCCGACCCAAGACUUCGCCGGCCGCGCUGAAGUUUGAUGCCUUGAAAACAACCUAUGAAGUGAUGAUCGUGCAAUGCGUGCCCAAGAAUGCCAAGGUGGCGAAGCAGGGUGCGUCCUCCCCUGCCGAUUCGCUAGCUGUGGGCGACUGUCGUGAGCCAGCGUUGGCGUCAGAGAUGCUGGUACGCUCCAUGCUUCAGCACGGCGUUCCGAAGCUGCUGGUCUUGUGCUUGGUGAUAUUGCCUGAUCUUGAUUGUUGGCUAUCUUUCUUACGACGGCCGCCUGUCCCACAUGGGCAAUGGAACACGGAGCUUCCAAUUGCGCCGAGAUAUGACGCCCUGGAUUUGUUCUCCGGGUCCGGAACAGUGAAGGAUGCGCUGAACUAUCUCGGGUACACGGUUGCUGCUCACGAUGUGGAGCACCACAAAUCGAUGAACAUAUUGUUGAUCCUCCACUCCUUCUUGUGCCUGAAGGUGGACGGCCCCAGGUGCUCGGAAAAGUUUUGUCGAAGAGUGUGGUUCCGUGUCCUGACACUUUGCGUUCUCAUCCAAGGUCCGGAGGCACCGCGCGGAGAUUUGAGCGUUCCGAGCGUGGCCGCUGCCAACGUCAUGGUUGCCCGGAGCUUCUUGGUGUUGCUGCUCAUCUCCUGGCUCUCCGGCACGUGGCUGCUGGAGCAACCGAGCUCCUCGUUGAUGCUAUUGCAUCCCACAGCCGUGAAAUGCUUGGAAGGCAUGCCGUACGCACAUGUGCGGACCUUUCUGGGCGCUUACCGCCAUUGGUGUGCCAAGUUAACAUCGUUUUGGGCGAACAGGCUUGCCAAAAGCCUCGGAAAGGAGAAGCCAACCAAACGUGUUGGUGACAAAGUCACGGGGACGAAGUCCCUCAAGAGCACCGAGUUCCAGCUGUUCUACAAGGACGAUGGCAGGGUGGACCUGGACGACCACGGAUAUGAGGCCCGGCUCUGGGAAGUUGCUUCCUAUCUGGCCAGAGGGCAGCUCCUGAUCGAUGCUGGACUACGCACUUUUCGACGCAGUGCAGAAGUGAAGGCAGAGGACGUGAAAGAGACCGCAGACUUUUUGGCCGCCGUUUCCUGUGGAGAGAUGUCGAGCCAGUACGACACGCAGCUGUCACCUGCCUUAAUAAGGUCCAACAGCACCCUCAUGGCUGGCCGUGAUCAGCUAGAUCAGGAUUUCUUGGCCCAGGAUGAUCUGGAACAGCUGCUCGAAGAAGAAAUCGACAAACAAAGAGCCUUGGACGAGGAGAUUGAACGCAAGGAGCAAGCCAAGGCUGAGGCUGAAGCAAGAGCUCGAGCUGAACAGCUGCAAGAAGCUGAAAGACGAGCCAAUGCUGCCUUGGAGGCUGCAGCCUUGCACAAGAAGCAAAGCCAGGCAUUUGUGGGCCCCGACGAUGCCAGUACACAGGCCGCAAGUGACGAAGCUACGUUGCCUGCGCCUGCACCCAAGCGAGUGAAGCUUGUAGGCAAACAGGCGCCAGAAGCUGCUGAAGCGGUUGCAGAGACUGGCCCUGCAGAGGCCCCUGCUGUUGCCCCUGGUACUACUACGGCGGCAGAGGAGCAACCACGAGAGCCGUCAGAUGAUGGCCUCACAGCCUCGCAGGAAGCUGACGCAGAGGAGCUGCUCAGGCUGCAACAAGAAGAAGAGGAAUUGAAGGAGAAACUCAGGCUGGCAGAAGAGCAGAAAGCUCAGAAGAAGAAGGAGCGACAACAGUUGCUCCAAGCAGCACGUGACCGAACUGCUGCCUUGAAAAGGCAGCUUGAGGGAUUCUCGGCCCCACAGCCGCCGCCGACAAAGCUCAAAGGAGAACCGACUGCAACCGCCGCAGCAGCUACCCCCACAGCAGCUGCACCGCCAGUUUCACCACCCACAGCUGUGAAAACAGCUGCUCCUGCGAGUCCGCCUCUUCUUCGUCGUGCCCAGCACAUUGAGAUCGUGGACUCACCAGUCAAAACUGCCCAGGCAAAGCCUGUGCCCGCCCCAGCUGUGCCUCCACCAAAGGCCCCAGCCGCCAACACCACGCAGGGGCCCCCUGCACCAGCAACCCCCGCAGCAGCUCCCUACGCUGCACCGACGGCAGCCGCAGCCGCGACUGGUUCUGGAGCCUCCUCAACCACUCCGCCGUCUGCCCCCGAGCAGCAGCAGAAGGGGGAAGCAUUCAUCAAUGCGGAAGCGGUGCUGGCGCACUACGGUGGGAAUACCGACAAAGCUCGGCAGGCGAUGGUGGAAGCUGAAAUGGACGGCCGCGCAAAGGACGACCCAAACCUCAAACGACAUGGUGGACGAGUCUACAACCUUGUCGUUUCGGAAACAGCUUCUGAGACACACAACAAGAUCGAGGAAUACAAGGCCACCGUAGUGCCCAUCAGCAAAGACAAACGCCCAGAAGCGGUGCAGUUGCUGCAGGAACUGCAGCUUGUCAGGCAGAAGGAGUUGACUGGAAAUGCGCCUGCUGCUCCGCUCACCGUCGAAGGGGAUGCUGCACCAGAGGUGGAUAAAGCUAUCCCCGUCGUCGAUCGGGCAGCAACAAAGGAGCUGAAUCAGAGGGAUCUGAUCUUGGGGAAAGUGUGCUUCUCAGCCGGCGUGUUCGCCAAAAUCAAAGUGCAGCUGGACGGUCAUGCACCUUCUGCAGCAGCUCUAAGUGAGCUGACGGAAGCCAAAGAACAGCUGGAGCAGACAUGGAAGGUGAUGAAGAAUGUGAAAGAUGAUGAGGACGAGGCGGUUUGGGUCAGCGCAGUGAAGGACCAGAUUCGGCAAGUGGAUGUGGAGCGGGUCUUCUUUUGUCCUGCUACCAACCCAGAUGCUGAACGCGACAGUGGGAGUGGGCAAUCGUGCAAGUUGAAACGCAGUGCGACCAGAGCCCUGAAGAACGCACGCAAAAGACAGCGUGUCCACGAGCAAUCUGCAGAGGCACGCGUGGAGGAGGAUGCGGGUCACUGGGCCUAUGAGAGCUACUCGAAUUUGCAACACAUGGUGGAUACGCCCAUGGGCAGAACUGUCCUACAGGGCCUGAGGAAAAAGAACGCGGACGUGAGAUUUCUAUGUGCUGACGUGUGUUCGGCAGCCGUGCAGGAAGGGUCACAGAUGUUCCAAACGAAGGUACUAUCGAAAAUCCUAAAGGAGUCGCGCUUCCACUCGCGGCUGGCAGCAAGCCUGCCCAAGUUGAAGCUGAUCAGCUUGCCGGUCCAGGUGCGGAAGCAAAUCUUGUACAGAAAGUUCAGCUUCUUGGCUGCUUUGACUUUGCUGACUAUGCUAGCUUUGCUUUCAAGCGUUCUCUGGUGUAACACCGAUCGACUCGGCUUCAGUGGAUUCAGGUGUGGUGCUGCCAAGUGCCUGGUUUGCGUGGUUGGAGAAGCAUCCCCAAAUACUGAAACGCAUGGUCUACGGGACCACGGCUCCUGA